AUGUCUCGUUCUCUCUUCUUCCUUUCUCUCUUCUUAUCUCUCCUCCUUCUAACAACCGGGCACAAUGGCCACCACGAUGCUGCCGAUGGUGGCAGUCCAAUAAUUAAUCUCCGUUCGAAAUCCUUAAUCUUGGUUAAGAUAUGGUGCUUGAUAUUGAUCUUUAUUGGCACUUUCAUUGGUGGGGUGUCCCCCUAUUUUUUGAAGUGGAACGAGGGGUUCUUGGUGUUAGGAACUCAGUUUGCUGGUGGUGUGUUUUUGGGGACUGCUUUGAUGCACUUUUUGAGCGAUGCAAACGAGACCUUUGAGGAUUUGACAAGCAAAGAGUACCCUUUUGCUUUCAUGUUGGCCUGUGCUGGCUAUUUGUUGACCAUGCUUGCUGAUUGUAUCAUUUCUUAUGUUUAUGGCAAAGAUGUGGUCAGCCAGGCUAAUGGUGGUGAUGUAGAGCAGCAAGGGAGUGUUCAGCGUGGAAAAAGAAGCCACGACAGCAGUUCACGAUCACGUUUUCAGAUGCACAAUGGUACAGAUGCUGCCUCUGCAAAAUCCACACUUGCAACUGUCAGUUCAUUUGGGGACAGCAUUUUGUUGAUAGUUGCCUUGUGUUUCCACUCCGUCUUUGAGGGCAUCGCAAUAGGAGUAGCAGAGACGAAAGCUGAUGCUUGGCGAGCCUUGUGGACUAUCUCUUUGCAUAAGAUAUUUGCAGCAAUCGCAAUGGGUAUAGCUCUCCUUCGAAUGAUCCCAGAUCGCCCCUUUGUAUCGUGUGCUGCCUAUGCUUUCGCAUUUGGCAUUUCAAGUCCAGUUGGUGUGGCCAUUGGUAUCGUAAUAGAUGCCACAACUCAGGGUCCUGUGGCUGACUGGAUCUUCGCCAUAUCAAUGGGACUGGCAUGCGGUGUGUUCAUCUACGUAUCGAUUAACCAUCUUUUAUCCAAGGGUUACAUAUCCCAGAGGGCAGUUUUAGUUGAUACACCGCAGUACAAAUUCUUGGCUGUAUCGUUGGGUGUUGGGGUGAUUGCUGUUGUGAUGAUAUGGGACUGA